AUGGCACCCUGUAAAUUUUGCAAGGUUGUUCCAACCAAAACAGUGAACAAAGAGAAAAAUGCGAAUGAACAAGAAUUUAACUUCGAAAAAGCUCGUUUGGAAGUGCACAAGUUUGGAAUCACUGGCUACAAGAAGCAGGAACAACGCAUAUGGGAACAGGAGCGUGCUAUCAUGCUGGGAGCCAAGCCCCCCAAAAAGGAACACGUGAACUACAAGACUUACCAAGAGAAAAUGAAAGAGAAAAAAACAGCAAAGGAUGAUGAUAAGGGAAAGGAACAUAAAGGUGAUUCUCUUAAGAAGAAGAAGAAAGAACAGAAGGAACGGAAGGCCAAAAGGAAGAAAUCGGUGCCUAGCAUUUGGCCUGCAGGACAAGUUGGAAAAUUCAGAGAUGGGACCUUGAUUCUGCAAAGCCGUGACAUAAAGAAAAUUAAAUCAUCUAAAGUUAUCAAAUGAACUUAUGACACAGAGUGAAAUGGACACUACGCGUUAAGAUUCAUGUUACCAUCAACACGGACUUACAGAGCCUCUCGCUGUCCCACCGUGUCCUAAUUUUGUUACCUUAUUUUUUGUUGCAGUAUUUCCUAUCUUCUG